GCGGCACAUCAGCGUUGUCACUUCUUUCGACAGGUGCUUUGACAUUGGGCGGCGUUCACGGCGUACUCGCAACGAUCUGACAUGUUCCGGCUCUGUACAUUUCUCGUUUGCCGACUGUCGUUUUUUAUACCUUCUCCUACCGUGCGCAUACCUCGUUCUUCACAUCAAAAAGUCGGAGAUGUAAUUAGCCGCAUGUGGCGUUUCCACUUCUCAGAACCGGCGAGUUUUUGGAUUGGACCGACCACUUUGUUUUGGAUCGAUUGCGAAAUUGUGGGCUGUGAGCCGAGAGCUGGCUGUGGCCGGCGUAUGGUUGAUACGUGUAGAUGAUGAGAGGCCGCGCACUCGCUGCGGCUUCGUUCUCAACUGAAUCGCAACGCGCUGGUCGAGAUUGGAUGGUUGUAGACUAUGAAUCAAUGGAUAAUCACUGCU